UUGGUUGGCGCGACAAUAUAAAGUUCCGCAGUGAUUCUCUCAUUGACUGCUGCUCUGCUUCACUCGCUCACUGCCUGGCUGACUGACUGAGGAAGAAGAGCAGAAACACAGCCGGUUACAGAGAGGAUUUACAAAACUUUAUCGUUAUUAUUCCCACUCUUAUUUAUUUGUAAUAGUCUGCACGUUUAAUUCAUCUGCACCAUGAAGGAAAGAAGACUCACGCAACCUUUUGUAGCGAGGUGUAAACUCGUGCUGGUCGGGGACGUCCAAUGCGGUAAAACAGCGAUGCUACAAGUCCUGGCCAAGGACUGCUAUCCAGAGACUUAUGUCCCCACUGUGUUUGAAAACUACACCGCCUGUCUGGAGCUUGAAGACCAGCGUGUUGAACUCAGCCUUUGGGACACAUCAGGUUCUCCAUACUACGACAACGUCAGACCCCUCUGCUACAGCGACUCAGAUGCAGUGCUCUUAUGCUUUGACAUCAGCCGACCAGACACAGUAGACAGUGUGCUGAAGAAGUGGAAAGCAGAGAUCCAGGACUUCUGUCCCAGCACACGGAUCCUACUAAUAGGCUGCAAGACAGACCUGCGCACAGACGUAUGCACGCGCAUGGAGCUGUCCAAUCAGAAACAGACUCCCAUCUCCCAUGAACAGGGUUCAUCCCUGGCCAAGCAGCUUGGAGCAGAGGCUUACCUGGAGUGCUCAGCCUUCACAUCCGAGAAGAGCAUCCACAGUGUUUUCCGUACUGCGGCUCUGGCCUGCAUGAACAAACCCCAGCCUGCCAAUAAACCCAGUCCUGUCCGCCGCCUCUCCAAGAGACUCCUCCAUCUGCCCAGCAAGACAGAGCUGCUCUCCUCCACCUUCAGCAAGGACAAGUCCAAGAGUUGCUCCAUCAUGUGAAUACUGUGGGAGCAUGCUGGGGGGAAAAGAAAGCAAGGACAAGUAGGUGAUUCAGCAGGGGGCCCAAGGGUGUGCAAGGGAAAGAAAGGAAUGAUUUCUACAAUGCAUUUCUCUCCUUUGCAGCAUCCUCCUCGUCAGCCACUGAAAAAAAUUACACUUGCUACACUCUCUAUAUUCAACUCUGACAUUGGACUUUUGAUCACCAGCACACCAGUGCAGAGACAGAGUAAAAAAAGUGCUUGAUGUUGAAAAUAUUACAACAUGUACAAAUAGAGCAUAACAGCCAUUUUAAGACCUGUUUGAUUCCUUACAUAAAGGUUGCUGUGAGAGCUUAAAUAAGGUCAGUGACUCCUCUUUCCCAAGUGGUUGUAAACACUGCAUUUGACUGCAUUACCCUGAUGAAACUUAUUUGAAAUGUUGAUAGCGCUGCUCUUUCCCAUCCAUCUCUUUAUCCGAAUGUCUCUUUAAGGUCACGAUAUGGGCUGAGGUGACGAGAUGAAAUGUAAAAUCUGACAGUGACAGGAAGUGGUACCUACAGAAAUGCAGCUCGGGGGAAUUUCAAACAAGCAGUUCCUUGUAUAAAUUAUUCCCCCAAUGACCCCUCACAGUAUUUUGUUUGGAAAUAAAAGCUGACAGUGGGGGAAAAGGGGAGAGAAGAGAGCGAUUUGGCAAAGCACAGUGUUCAUUUGCAAAGGCAGUUGGAGGAUGAACUGAGCGCACGUCUGAAGGAGCCAGUGUGACUCAGCACUCACAUGAGCUAUAAAACAGUCUAGAGGUGGACUUGCUGUGACAUAACAAACAAAAUCCUAGGCCAUGUAAAGACCGUCGGAGCAUGUUUUUGUCAGAUCCCCUUUUAUUACCCAUCACCACAGCAGUAUUAAUUGUUCAGUUAUUUAUCACAAGGCUUGAUUUUAGAGAUGUUACAUUAAUAAUGCAUCUUCUCAUGAUGCAUCUUCUCACUGUCCCCUGAUACUUUAAGAGCUGCUUAAUGGAUAUCAGCUUUUGUUCCAACAAAAACAAUUUUUUUUAUUCUUUUAAAGAAAAAACAUAAAAGAUUUCUUUUUUUUUCUUUUUUUUUAAGAUGCACCUGUUGCCAUUUCCAACCUGGAAAGUUCACAUUAACACUAAAUGUCCCUGAGAUGAUAGGUGGGAAGGUUGAUUUGAAUCACAAAUAAAAACAGGCUGGUCCUGUCUGAAGAAAGAAUUUUCUUUUGUUUUUAUGCUUAAAAAAUAUUUUCAUUUUAUUUUUCAACUUCCCAGAAAAGUAUUCUUGACCUUUUCCAUUUAUUAAAUAGGUUUUUUUUGUCUGGAUGUUUCUACUUGCUUGUGACUGUCUUUGUUUUGUGGCUGUUGAUGUUGUUCUUGUAUUUACUUGAGUCUUCUAGCAUUAGCUGCUGUUGACAGCUCAGCUAAUGGAGGACUUGAUGAUUUGUAGGUCUGCACCGAGAAGCCCAGAGUUCUCUGGAUGUACGGAACACUGGAAUUUUACGUGUUGCCUAGCAACAGUGUGAGCAGGGGCAGGCGUGAGCGGGGUUCCUGCCUCACAGAGAGAGAGAGGGAGGGAUGGCUCUCCAAGCGGGCGCCUCACCUUUUAUUUGUAGCAUUAGACAGAAGCCACUGCGAAGGGGGCGGCUGGACAUUUCAGGGAGCGACGGACUGCUCAUAAUCUCCACAUGGCGUCUAAAACAUGUCUCUGUAGCUCUGCUUUAGUCGUUAUUUCAAACAAGCUCCAUUUAGUUCAAUAUACAGCUGUCGUUUAACUAUUUCUCUUUUGCUCGUUUUUUGACGGACAGACUUUCAUUUGUUGUACAUAUCCUUUCUAAUAAAACUGUUUAUUAGAAAUCCCUAAAAAGAAUGUUACUGAAGCAAAACAAAAUGUUUGUGUCAAGUUGCCUAUUAUUAUGGCUUUAAAUUAUUGACUGAAUUCUGUAUUUGUUAUUGUCAUGCUCCUUUCUUUAAAUCUUUAUUCAAAUAAAUAUGUCUGAUGUUCA